AUGGAUAACCGAUGUCAGUGCAGUAGCGACAGACUGUUAAAUCCUAUCCUCUUCAACAUUCUCAGCCAACUGGGUAGCAGCAGCCCAAGUCCAAACAACUCUAAUUCAAUACCUCACCGAUGCAACUGUGAGCUUCGGCGAACGGUGUGCUUGACAAGGCCGUCUGAAAUUUGCAAGGAAGCCUCAGCGGUUCUAGUCAAAACCGUUCAUUUCAUAAAGAACUUACCGGCUUUCAAGCAGCUUCUGCCCAGUGACCAGUUCAUGCUCCUCAAAAACUGUUGGGCGCCCCUCUUCAUCCUGGGCCUGGCGCAGGAGCACGUGGACUUUGAGGUGGCCGACGUCCCGGCCGACAGCAUGCUGAAGAAGAUUCUUCUGCGGCGUGAGGGGGGAACUGAGAUGGAGAGGGAGCAGCCCACCAUGGGCGGCGUCAGCAAACUCAAAUCCUGCCUCAAAAAGUUCUGGAGCUUAGAUUUGAGUCCAAAGGAGUAUGCGUACCUUAAAGGGACGACGAUAUUUAACCCAGACAUCCCAGAUCUACAGGCAUCUCUGUUCAUCGAGGGCUUGCAACAAGAGGCCCAGCACGCCUUGAGCGAGGUGGUCCAGCUACUUCACCCCAUGCGGCAGGAGCGUUUCGCACGCAUCCUGCUCACGGCGUCCAUGCUGCAGAGCAUUACGCCCAGCCUCAUCAUCGAGCUCUUAUUCCGGCCUGUAAUUGGCCAAGCUGACCUACUGGAGCUACUGGUGGACAUGCUCUUCUACAGGUAG